AUGCUGAUACGCGCGUGCCACAGCGAGGCGCUCCGCCGCCACAGCCUCGGCACCGCGCUCGGCUUGCGCACGCGGCGCGGAAGGCUGACGGACGUCCCCGCUAUAGUCGUCUUCGUUUCAAGAAAGGUGCACGAGGAGUGGCUGCUGCCGGCGCAGAAGCUUCCGAGGAAGUUGCAGGGGCCGGGCGGGUACGAGUGUGACGUGGACGUGGUGGAGCUGACCAAUCAGAGAAGCGGCUGCAGGAGCAGCAGCAGCCCGGGCGCUGCAGGCCACGUGGCAGGUGACGCGGGUGACGUGGCAGGCACGGUGGGAGUAGCCGCAGAGGCAGCUAUUAUAGAUAACCCGCUGGUGGAGCAGCUGAGGGGGAGUGGCAGUAAGAUCGGGCCGGGGUCGCAGAUUGCAAGCGAGGAGGUGUAUGGAACGCUGGGAGCGAUUGUUAAAAAAGCCAGCCGGAGCAACAGCAGUGGCAGCGGCAGCGGUGGCGGUGGCGGCGGCGGCGGCGGUGGCCAUGGGAGGACGAGCGGCACUGGUGGGAUGAGCAGCAGUCUUGGUGGGAGCAGUGGUUGCCUUGGGGUGGGGUUUCUGGCGAGUCGCCACGUGGCAGUUGAUUUGGACCAGCUGAAGCAGAAGCUCUUUCACCCCCUGCCUGUGUCGCUUGGUCCGGGGAGGUUCUUAGGCUCGGUGGAACGAGCCUUGCCGUUUGCUUCGGACCACGCGUGGUUCGGCGUGUUCGCCAACAUGAACCCAGACUCGUUUGUGCGCACGGACGGCGCAUACAUUCCCUUCCACGAGGAGUUUGACUUAUCGGUCGUGACAACGCAAGUGGCGGGAAUCGGCCCCGUUGGUCCGCCCCGCCGCGUCAACCUAUCAGACGACAUCCGUAGUGUGGUGGGACAGCAUGUGUGGAAGGUGGGCAGCGCCUCAGGCCUAACCCAGGGCACCAUAGCAGCCUACGCGGUGGAACGCAGCGAGGGGGACGGUACAUCCCUCUUUACAGACCUCCUCAUAGUGGGUCGACACGGCUGUGCGUUUGACACCCCUGUCCUUGUCUCCCCUCGCUCCUCAUUCCUUCAGGUGGGCAGCGCCUCAGGGCUAACCCAGGGCACCAUAGCAGCAUACGCGGUGGAGCACAGCGAGGGGGGCGGUACCUCCCUCUUUACAGACCUCCUCAUAGUGGGUCGACACGGCCACGCGUUUGACACUCAAGGGGACUCGGGCGCUCUCGUGCUCAUGCUCCCCACAGCUGCCCAUUCACCAGCCGUGCUUGCCUCUCUACAGCUGCAGCGCCUGCUCCGCACACCUGGUAACAGUUCUCCUACUCCGGGGCAUGGUGCUCGUGGUUCUGCUGAUGAAAUCGGAAGGGGGGAGAGAGGGAGAGGGGAGGAGAUUGCGGAACUAGAGAAGAAAGAGGAAGAGGAAGGGAAGGAGGGAGCGGAAGAGAGCGUGGGAAAGAGGCAACGAGUGGAAGGGUGA